AUGCUUCAGGAUUCAUCCGCCGAAACUUUCUCAAAACAACUGUUAGAUAUUGGCAAUGGAAAAGUUGCUGUACAUGAAAAUACGGGAUGCAUAAAACUGCCAACCGAUUUCUGCACAAUCAUCAACUCGCAAAAUACUCUCAUCGAUCACAUAUAUCCCGAUGUACAAACACAAUACAAAAAUCUUGAGUGGCUGGCAGAAAGAGCGAUUUUGGCAGCAAAAAAUGUGGACGUCAAUCAAUUAAAUUCCAAGAUACAACAUUUGUUGCCAGGGGACUUGGUGUCAUACAAAACUGUCGAUGCAGUUUGCGAUGCCAACAAAGCUGUGAAUUAUGCAAUUGAGUUUUUAAAUUCAAUCGUUGCGAUUACGAUUGAACGUUGGAUCUCCGGUUAUUUUGCUUCGUAA